CACCCGAUCCACACUGCUGGGGCGAGCGAAGAGGAAGAGACCGUCAUUCUAUACGCACUCAUGGCCUUGUCUAACAUCACCACCAAAAUCGACGUUGUCCGACCUGUACUCGCUCGUUCCGCCAGCAAUCACGUAAACGGUUUGCCAGCACCUGUCGUCACUCCUUCCCCAGACGCCCGUCCCGCCCUUGAGGCCGUGCUCGAGUUAGCUGAUGGCACUGCGUUCCGCGCAAUCAGCUUUGGCGCAGAGGGCAAGAGCGUAGCAGGAGAAUGUGUAUUCCAGACCGGCAUGGUCGGGUACACCGAGUCCCUGACGGAUCCGUCCUACGAAGGCCAGAUCCUGAUCUUGACCUAUCCGCUCAUUGGGAACUACGGUGUCCCUCCUCGUCCUACGGCGAGUUCCGUCGAGGAUCUCCCUCCCGACUUCGAGUCCUCGCGUAUUCAUGUCGCAGCUGUCGUCGUGGGCUACUACUCGGACAACUUCAGCCAUUUUCUGGCUGGUUCAUCCCUCGGCGCAUGGCUGAAGGAGAGCGGUGUGCCCGCCAUCUACGGUGUGGACACCCGUGCCCUCACGAAGAAGAUCAGAGAGAAGGGUUCCAUGCUGGGCAAGGUCCUUGCCCGACGUGCAGAUGUGCCUAUGACAGUGGGAGGAAGAGCUCUCCUGCCAUCUUCAGUGCCGACGUCGCGUGCUGCGUCGCCGUCAAACGCAUCAGUCAAUGGCGCAUGGCGUGAGGACUUCGUCGAUGUGCCUUUCCGCGACCCCAAUCAAGACAACCUCGUAGCGGUUGUCUCUGCCGCAUCUUCGCGUGUCUACAAACCUGUUGUCACCCCGAAGAUGCAUCCUGUUGAGAAGAGGCCACUGCGCGUCGUCGCAGUGGACGUCGGCAUGAAGUACAACCAAAUUCGUUGCUUCACCCAUCGCGGCGUGGAGUUGAAGGUCGUUCCUUGGGAUUACGACUAUUUGGCAGAGUCCGAAGAGCCCUUCGAUGGUCUUUUUGUCUCGAACGGACCCGGUGAUCCUACGAUGGUGAAGCCUACCAUCGAGCGACUGUCAAAGGCGAUGCAGAGCGCAGACAGGCCGAUCUUCGGUAUCUGUCUAGGUCAUCAGCUCCUCGCCCUCGCUGCGGGCGCGUCGACGUCGAAGAUGAAGUACGGAAAUCGUGGCCACAAUAUCCCAUGCACGGACGCGCUGAGUGGUAGAUGUUACAUCACCAGUCAGAACCACGGUUACCAGGUAGACACUGCAUCGCUGCCGGAGGGGUGGAAAGAGCUGUUCCGAAACGCCAACGAUGGUAGCAAUGAGGGCAUCUACAGCGUGGACAAGCCCUUCUUCUCGGUGCAGUUCCACCCAGAGUCGACUCCUGGCCCGCGUGAUACCGAGUUCCUAUUUGAUGUGUUCAUUCAGAACAUUGUUGAUUGCAUUAGCACGCACAGCCUUGUCCCGAUCUCCAUGCCGGGCGGCACGAAGGAAGACAAUGAGAAGCGUGUUCCGCGCGCGGACGUCCAAAAGGUGCUUGUGCUCGGCUCCGGUGGCCUAUCCAUCGGCCAGGCUGGCGAAUUCGAUUAUUCCGGCUCACAAGCAAUCAAGGCUCUCAAGGAGGAGGGCAUCUACACUAUUCUGGUGAACCCGAACAUUGCGACGAUUGCUACGUCCAAGGGCCUUGCUGACAAGGUGUACUUCCUCCCGGUGACGCCGGAGUUCGUGCGCAAGAUCAUCCUGUAUGAGAAGCCCGACGGCAUCUAUGUCACGUUCGGUGGGCAGACGGCGCUGAACGUCGGUGUGAAGUUGAAGGACGAGUUCGCGGCGCUCGGCGUGAAGGUGCUCGGUACGCCCAUUGACACCAUCAUCAUGACGGAGGAUCGCCAGCUCUUUGCGAGCGCCAUGGCUGAGAUCGGCGAGCGUUGCGCGGAGUCAAGCACUGCGACGACUGCUGAGGAGGCGAUUGCGGCUGCGAACACGAUCGGGUAUCCAGUGAUCGUGCGUGCCGCUUAUGCUCUCGGUGGUCUCGGAUCCGGCUUCGCGCAAAAUGAGAAACAGCUGAAGGCGCUGUGCAGCAAGGCAUUUGCGACCAGCCCGCAGGUGCUCGUCGAGAAGAGCAUGAAGGGGUGGAAGGAGAUCGAAUACGAGGUUGUCAGGGACUGUCGGGACAAUUGCAUCACGGUUUGCAACAUGGAGAACUUCGAUCCGCUGGGUAUUCACACCGGAGACUCCAUUGUCGUGGCACCUUCGCAGACGCUUUCGGAUGUGGACUAUAAUAUGCUGCGCACGACUGCCAUCAACGUGAUUCGGCAUCUCGGCGUGGUGGGAGAAUGUAACAUUCAGUAUGCGCUCAAUCCCACGUCGCGGGAAUACUGCAUCAUCGAGGUAAACGCCCGGUUGUCUCGAUCCUCUGCUUUGGCGUCGAAGGCGACUGGGUAUCCUCUUGCCUUCAUCGCAGCAAAACUUGGUCUAGGCAUCCCUCUGAAUGAGAUCAAGAACUCGGUGACGAAGUUGACUAGCGCCUGCUUCGAGCCAAGCCUGGACUACUGCGUGGUCAAGAUCCCACGAUGGGAUCUCAAGAAGUUCAGCCGCGUCAGUAGGCUGCUGAGCAGUAGCAUGAAGAGUGUCGGUGAGGUCAUGAGCAUUGGCAGGACGUUCCAGGAGACAAUCCAGAAAGCUAUCCGUGCCAUUGACGAUCAAUUCAGUGGGUUCGCCAAGAAUGACUUCGUAGAAGACAUUGACGAGGAACUCAUGAACCCGACGGACAAGCGCAUCUUUGCUAUUGCUACUGCAUUCCACCGUGGCUACAGUGUCGACAAAAUCUGGCAAAUGUCCAACAUCGACAAGUGGUUCUUGACGCAGCUGCAGUCAAUCUAUAAAAUGGAGCAACGGCUAUCCCAAUGCACGAUCUCUGACAUUGGCAAUACUAUGCUUCGUCAGGCCAAGCAGCUUGGAUUCUCUGACCGCCAACUGGCUUUCUGCAUGGGUUCUACCGAGCUUGCUGUCCGACGUCUCCGCCAGGAAUACGGUAUCAUGCCCUAUGUGAAGCAAAUUGACACUGUCGCUGCUGAGUUCCCUGCGUACACGAAUUACCUCUACACGACAUAUAACGCAAUUGAGCACGACAUCAGCUUUGACGAUCGCGGCGUUAUCGUUCUUGGCUCUGGUGUCUAUCGUAUCGGCUCGUCUGUUGAGUUUGAUUGGUGUGCAGUUCGAGCUAUCAGGACGCUACGCGACAAUGGUCUGCCGACAGUUAUGGUCAACUACAACCCGGAAACAGUCAGUACAGAUUACGACGAGGCCGAUCGACUGUACUUCGAGAAUAUCAGCCUGGAGACCAUUCUGGAUAUCUACGACACGGAGUCUUCCCGAGGUGUCAUCAUUUCCAUGGGAGGCCAGACGCCCAAUAAUAUUGCUCUGCCACUCUACCGUCAGAAUGUCAAGAUCUAUGGGACCUCUCCAGAGAUGAUCGACACUGCGGAGAACAGGUUCAAGUUCUCUCGUUUGCUCGAUGAGAUUGGUGUCGAUCAGCCUUCAUGGAAGGAACUCUCCAGUCACGACGAGGCGCACACAUUCUGCGAGAAAGUCGGCUACCCGGUCCUUGUCCGUCCCUCGUACGUGCUCUCUGGUGCAGCUAUGAACGUUGUCUUCAGCGAGGCCGACCUGUCGAGCUACCUGACGCAAGCGACGGCCGUCUCCCGCGAACACCCUGUUGUCAUCACCAAGUACAUCGAAGGUGCAAAAGAGAUCGAAAUGGAUGCUGUCGCAAAGGGUGGCAAGAUGAUCAUGCACUACAUCUCAGAGCACGUCGAGAACGCCGGUGUCCAUUCCGGUGACGCGACGCUCAUCCAUCCGCCACAGGAUCUCGAUCCGGAGACUGUCCGACAGAUUGAGGAGGCCACUGCCAAGAUUGGAAAUGCACUCAACGUUACCGGUCCGUUUAACAUCCAGUUCAUCGCGAAAAACAACGAGAUCAAGGUCAUUGAAUGCAACCUUCGCGCUGCACGCUCGUUCCCCUUCGUAUCCAAGGUCACCGGGGUUGAUGCUAUCGAGAUGGCCACUAAGGCCAUGUUGGACUUACCCGUCGAGCCGUAUCCGUACAUCGGCCUGCCAGCUGACUACGUUGGCGUCAAGGUGCCGCAGUUUAGCUUUAGCCGUCUCUCAGGGGCAGACCCGGUCCUCGGUGUAGAGAUGGCUUCCACCGGAGAGGUCGCAUGUUUCGGAAAGGACAAGUACGAGGCAUACGUCAAGGCACUCAUCUCAACUGGCAUCGUUCUUCCGAAGAAGAACAUCUUGUUCUCAAUUGGUAGCUAUAAGGAAAAGGUUGAACUCCUUCCUUCGGUCCAGAAACUGCAUGCCGCCGGAUACAAUAUCUUUGGUACCUCUGGAACUGCUGAUUUCCUGAAUGAGCAUGGUGUUCUAUGCAAGUACCUGGAGACCCUUGGGGAGGACAGCGAGCAGAAGUCUGAGUACUCUCUAACACAGCAUCUAGCGAACAAUCUGAUCGACAUGUACAUCAAUCUGCCCUCGAAAAACCACUAUCGUCGACCUGCAAGCUACGCCAGCAAAGGCUACCGUACGCGACGUAUGGCGGUCGAUUUCGCCGUACCUCUGAUCACCAACGUCAAGGUUGCCAAAAUUUUGUUUGAGGCACUCGUCCGCAGAUUACCUCUGGAUGUAUCUCCGAUCGACGCGAAGACCUCUCAUGAAACGCAUACAUUCACCGGACUAGUAAACAUCGCUGCAUACGUGCCUGGCCUCACAGUUCCAGGCAGUUCGGACUUCGCCGAUGCAACCAAGUCAUCGCUCGGUGGAGGAUUUGUUACGGCUCUCAUUCUGCCCGUCGGAGAAAAUGGCAAGAUCACCGACCAGACGUCUCUCGGCCACGCUCGUACUGCUGCCGCGGCAGCUGCAUACUGCAACUACGCGAUGAGCAUCACGGCCACUGCGGGAAAUGUCAAGUCACUGGACGAAGAGACCCAAGCCAACGUGAAGUCGCUGUUCAUCCCGUUUCACUACGACAAGCCAAACAGCCAUGUGUCUGCUGUGUCUACUGUCGCAGAGCACUUCGCCUCCUGGCCGAUCGAUAAGCCUAUCGUCACUGAUGCGAAAGGCGCGGACCUGGCUCCGGUUCUCCUCGUAGCUGGCCUGCACGAUCGCAGCCUGCAUGUCACCAACGUACAAACAAAGGAGGACCUACUCUUGAUCUCCCUCAGUAAGGCCAAGCAGCUCAAGGUCACCUGCGAUGUCUCGGUCUAUUCGUUGUUCUACACUCACGAGGACUUCCCUGGCACCACCUGCCUGCCUUCGGCGGACGAUCAGAAAGUGCUCUGGCAGAGCCUCGACGUCAUUGAUGCUUUCUCUGUAGGAACGGUGCCAUAUCACCUUGCGCGUGAGCUCGGCAAGCCCGCCAGUGCAUCAUCUGGUGUCGAGGAAGCCCUUCCCCUCCUUCUCAACGCCGUCGCCUCUGGCCGUCUCACGCUCGAGCAAGUCCGGCAGCGCCUGCACGAAGCGCCCGUCCGCAUCUUCGGCCUGCCAGACCAGAGCCACACGGGCGUCGAGGUCAUCGUCGGGCGUAAGGCGAAAUUCCACAACAAGGCCGGCACUUGGUCCCCGCUCGAGGGCACCGUCGUCAGCGGCGCGGUCGACCGCGUACUCGUGCAUGGCCAGACGGUAUUCCUCGAUGGCGAAGUCACCGCGCCACCUGCAGGGAGGGACAACUCGAGUGCGACAGUCACACACGCCCCCUCCGAGCGCAGGAUGUCGGUCUCAGGGCGCGGCCCCGAGAUCCCUGGCGCGCUCGGUGCUGGUGUGGCGAUAAAGGCUCCCGAGGCUCCCCCAGCACCGACGCUCGCGCUCGCCCCCUCUGCAUCCGUCGCGCCCGUUUUUGGACCGGCGCCCGCACCGCGCGUCUUCACGCACCUGAUCCCACAUCCGGCAUACCAUCGGAAGCAUAUUCUGACCGUGAAGCAGCUGACGCACCGUGACGUGCACGAGCUAUUUGCGCUCGCGCAUGAGAUGCAGCUACAAGUUGAGCGGAGUGGGAUCCUUGACGUGCUCCGGGGUAAGGUGCUCUGCACUCUAUUCUACGAGCCGUCGACUCGGACGCGCUCGUCGUUCGAUGCGGCGAUGAAGCGGUUGGGCGGCGACGUGGUCAACGUGAACGUGGAGAUGAGCUCGGUGCUCAAGGGCGAGAGUCUGCCGGAUACGAUUAGGACGAUGGGGUCCUACGCAGAUGCUAUCGUGAUCCGGCACCCUGAGGUGGGAAGCUCACAGCUGGCGGCCAAGUUCUCGCCGGUGCCGAUCAUCAAUGCUGGCGAUGGGAUUGGGGAGCACCCAACACAGGCGCUCCUCGAUGUCUACACCAUCCGGUCCGAGCUCGGAACGGUCAACGGGCGGACGAUCACUCUCCUGGGUGACCUCAAGAACGGCCGGACCGUACACAGCCUCGUCACCCUCCUGUGCAUGUACAGCGUCCGCCUCAAUUUUGUCUCGCCGCCCUCGCUCGCGAUGCCCGCGACGGUGGUCUCUGCGGCGCGGCGCACGGGUUCGCAGGUGCGCAUCUGCGAAUCGCUCGAGGACGUGCUCGGCGAGACGGACGUGCUGUACGUGACGAGGAUGCAGAAGGAGCGGUUCAAGGACGAGAGCGAGUAUGCGGCGGUGAAGAACGCGUAUCGGAUCGAUCAUGCGUUGUUGUCGCGGGCGAGAGAGGAGAUGAUCGUCAUGCACCCGCUGCCCCGGGUGAAUGAAAUCGAUCCCGACGUCGACUUUGACUCCCGAAGGGCAGUCUACUUCCGACAAAUGCGGUAUGGGCUCUACGUCCGUAUGGCCCUCCUCGCGAGCGUCAUGGGCUGA